UUUUGACAAUAAGUUCCUGGUUUGCAAGCAAGCUUUCUUUUUGUUCCUUUAACUUCGUCACAAUAUAAAAGAUCAUUCAUGUCGUUAUUAUGUGUGCUAAACUCUCACCACUUUCUUGGACAACUCUGAAUCUCUCUCUCUCUCUGUUUGCUUCUUGGAGGUUUCUCUUUGUUUGUGUUGAUUUCCUCUGCAACCUUUUCUACUUCAAAGUUUUGAUUUGAGCAGCUGAAUUCCCCUGGCUACGAAUUCCCCUGUUUCUCUGAAUUUCCCUGGUUAUUCUGCUAGAGUUUCCAUUUUUCAUUGAUCUUUGAUCAAUUAUGGCCAUAAAGACCUUUGAAUUGCUGAAAAGCUGCGCAUCCCAUGAAGAGAUUAUGAAAGUUCUUUCAUCUGUGGCUUCCGAUUUGGGCGAUGUGAUCGAUGAUGUGAGUUCACUGCAGGUGAAACCCCUAAAAGGGGCAAUGACCAAUGAGGUUUUUGAGGUGAAUUGGCCAACCAAGAGUGAUGGUCAUCUCAGAAGGGUUCUGGUUCGAUUAUAUGGGGAAGGUGUUGAGGUUUUCUUCAACAGGGUGGAUGAAAUCCAAACCUUUGAGUGCAUGUCAAAGCACGGUCAGGGUCCACGCCUUCUCGGCCGGUUCACCACCGGUCGGGUUGAGGAGUUCAUUCAUGCCAGAACACUCUCAGCUGCUGACCUCCACGACCCUGAAAUAUCCGCUAUGAUAGCAUCUAAGAUGAAGGAGUUUCACAAUCUUCAUAUGCCUGGUGAAAAGAAGGCUCAGAUUUGGCAGAGAAUGAGGAACUGGCUUAAUCAUUCCAAGAGUCUGUGCUCCCCAAAGGAUGUCAAGAAUUUUGGCUUGGACAAUAUAGAUGCUGAAAUAAAGAUGCUGGAAGAGCUGUUAUGUAAAGGAGAUGAAGAGAUUGGUUUUUGUCACAAUGACUUACAGUAUGGUAACAUAAUGAUAGAUGAAGAGACAAGAUCAAUCACUUUAAUUGACUACGAAUAUUCUAGCUACAAUCCUGUUGCAUAUGACCUGGCAAAUCACUUCUGUGAAAUGGCAGCGAAUUACCAUAGUGACACCCCUCAUGUUCUCGACUACAGUAAAUAUCCAGAUCUGGAGGUGCGUCAAAGGUUUAUUUGUAUUUACUUGAGUUCAGAAGGUAAAGAGCCGAGCAACUCUGAAGUGGAGCAGCUAAUGAGUGCUGCAGAAAAAUACACUCUUGCAAACCAUCUAUUUUGGGGAUUGUGGGGACUUAUUUCGAGUUACGUAAAUACAAUUGACUUUGACUACAAGGAGUAUGCAAGGCAGAGGUUUGAGCAAUACUGGUUAAAGAAGCCUACUUUACUGGAAUCACCAAGCAUCAAUAUUUCCCAAGAUGAAUCUGUCAAUGGAUCUUAGUAAAGAUGGCAUAAAAUGUGUAAAUAAUCUGUAAAAUAAAAUUGUUUGAUGGAUUUUAGAAAAGAUAUAUUUGUGAUCCCUCUUAUUUGGGAAUGCGCUGAGGAGAAUAAAAUUGAGAAAUCCAUGUUUUGUCAUGUCA